AUGGCGAAACUCGACGAAUUGCCAGCUGAGCUUAUGCUCCACAUCGCUUCAUUCUUCCAAUACAAACGCCCCUCGAAGCUUCGUAUCUAUCAAGAUGUCGAUACGCUACCUAUCUCCAAGAAUCUACGCAAUGAGAGGCUCCACCUGAUCUCCCUCUCUCUCUCCUGCAAAUUUAUUUACAACGCCCUCGCUGAGGAGCUUCAAGAGCUGCAUCGCUUCAUCGCCAUCGGCCACAGGAACAGCACCCAGAAGCUACUUUCCCUCCUCUCUUUACUUCAGAAAAGCCCUCAUCUAGGUGAACAAGUCACCAAGCUCUACAUUCAUCUUGAGCCUGUGUUUAUGGGUAGGACUGUCAUUACACAGGGUCGAUUUAGCCGCUUGUUAGAGUGGGGGAAUUCAAAAGGAUUGGAUGUUGAUCCCAGCUACCUUCCGCCCAACGACGAUGAAGAAAGGAAUGAUUGGGAAUACGUUACAGACAAUGAAGAAGAGACUUCUGGAGGUGCCGACGACUCGCUCAAUUCCGGUGAUUCCAACGACCCCAACUCUGCCGCUCCAGCAAGUUUCACACUUUAUGAGCUUCCAUCUGACAACGACAUGGAUGGUGUUCAUGAACAUGGUGUUUUCGAGGCUGUUGACGAGAACUCUGAAUCCAACGAAAUGCGAUAUCAGGACGAUGAUUAUCUUGCGUUUAUGGCUGUUCUGCUGCUUGCUGCCCUUCCGAACCUGGAAGAGGUUGCGAUAAGCACUUCUGCUUUUCUAUUCAAAUGUUUCGAGGACCAUCUUUGGUCGCUUCGAGGGCCAGCACUUGAAGAAGUUGAGACUGGCAAUUCGCUGCGCGACACAGUACAGGGGCUUCCAAACGUCCGACCUCUCUCGUCGCUGAAAAGCGUCUCGUUGCGGUACUACUAUCCACCCAUGGGCUGGCGUAAAAAUGCGGCUCAGGCCGAAGACGUCGCAACAUUUGGUCAACUAGGCUUGAAUGUCACAGAGCUUUUUGUUCAGACAUUCAGCAUUCAAGUCUAUGGAGCAACGCCACUGGCGUCCAUGACCAACUUGACAUCUCUCAUUCUCAAAGACGUAUACUUCCACGACGGAAGGCUUCAGGAUUUCUUGUACAUUGUCCCCAACCUAACGAAGUUCAUGUACUUCGAGCCAUACGAAAACGACGACGAUGAGGUGACCAUGAUUGUCGAUGGCAAGACAAUUUUAGACGCCUUGAAGAGGAGCCCAGCGGCCAAACAGUUGCUCACGCUGUGCUUAUCUUCUGACUCCGGCUUUGGCAUCAGUGCCUGCUCGCCUGAGACAUCUUACGACACAUUGGAGGAUUUCGUCAGCCUCCAGAAUCUUUGGAUCGACACUUGGGGCGUUUGUCAUGCGCCCAACGGCGACCCGGAGGAGGCCACCGCUAUCAACUCAGUCAUUCGAACUCUUCCCUCGUCCCUGAGAAGGGUACACUUCAGCGGCAGUACCAUGGAACUCCAAUCAAACCUGAGUUGGCUCUCUAAAAGCUGCAAGCCUCAUAUGUUGCCCCAGCUUGAGGAGAUUGCCUUCGAGUGCAAUGAAGUAGCUUUCCGGAUCAUUCAUGAUGUUUUUCAGGCCGCUGGCGUACGGGCUUCGCGCAAUAUCGAAACAGCGCCAGUCAUGUGGUGA